CUCCGAAAAUCUAUCGUCAACUCAACAACGCGCAGCCAUUCCGACUGCAUCAACGAAUUCCAUCGCAUCGCAUCUUCGGUUACCGAAUUCCUAAAAUAUUGCGAUUCAACUCAUAUAAACCACUGCUGAACCCAUUUUGGGAUUCUGAGCUUUUUGGCGCAAAAGGCUACGACUUUCGAGAACUGAACACUUUUUGCGACAAUACAGAUUCCUUAACAUCACAACCCUUUCUAAAAUGGAGGAAGAUUCUUUAAACUUUGGCUCGGACGCCGCUGGUGCCACGCCUGGAAGCAAUUCUAUAUUGGCGCAGCCUCCACUGCAGGGAGAGACUGCUUCACCAUCCGUAGGAGGGGGACAAGCUGAAGGUAUUCAUUGAUUUUUCUCUUGUGCCAUUCGCUUCAUACUUACUGACCCUCUGUAGCUGCUGAUGUCACUAUGACUGAAGGAGACGCUGAUAAGCCAUCCACCGCUGCUAUCAAAAGUCAAAGCUCUGGAUCAACGCCUGCUGUGAUUUCUGACAAUCCUCUAGACGCACCAAAUGCACCUCCUCCCAAUGGAGAUGCCUCGAAAGACGAAGUAAUGGCAAAUGUCAAAGGGCAAGAGCAAGCUUUGGUUGGAUCGACAGAAGAGCAGGCUGAAAAAACAAAAUCUUCGAUCGAGACAACAGCUAGAGAGCAUCUCAUUGCCCAGACGCACUCCAUAGUUCUUCCUAGUUAUGCUACUUGGUUUGAUAUGCGCACUAUUAAUGUCAUUGAAAAGAAGGGAUUGCCAGAGUUCUUCAAUAGCCGAAAUCGAAGCAAGACCCCAGCUAUAUACAAAGAUUACCGCGAUUUCAUGAUCAACACAUACCGACUCAACCCUAUUGAAUAUUUGACUGUGACAGCAUGUAGGAGAAACCUUGCUGGGGAUGUGUGUGCCAUAAUGCGAGUUCACUCGUUUCUGGAACAAUGGGGUAUCAUCAAUUACCAGGUAAAUACUUGUCAUAGCUUCGUUUCGUCAACAAAUCCAAUUAACAUGCGUAUAGGUUGAUGCCGAGUCAAGACCAUCAAACGUCGGACCACCCUUCACUGGCCAUUUCAAGGUUAUUUGCGAUACUCCUCGUGGUUUACAGCCUUGGCAACCUUCUACAGAUGCGCACGUCAUCAAGGGAAAGGAAAAUGCAGAUACCUCAGCAAAGAAGGCUCUGUCGGCUACAGGUGCAAAGCCUGAGAUGAACUUGGAAAUCGGACGUAAUAUUUAUGAGCCAUCGGCAAAGGAGACCAAGCUUGGUGGCAAAUCGUCAGAAAAGCAAGCCAAUGGCGACGCUCCGGCGACAAAUGGGACUUCUGAUCCCCAGUCGACUCUCGAGGAUGCCAUCAAGCAACCAAUUUCAAAAAUCAACUGCUUUACCUGUGGAAUCGAUUGCACUCGUGUUUAUUAUCAUAACGCCCAUGAGAACUCUGCGGGUACUUCGGCCACUAGAUUUCCACACAACUUGUGUGCAAACUGCUUCACAGACGGAAGAAUACCGAUCAACCACCAAGCAAUACACUACGUCAAAAUUGAAAACCCAACAUACUCCGCUAUCCCUGAUCGUGAGGCUCCCUGGGAUGAUGGCGAGAUCCUUCGUCUUCUUGAGGCGUUAGAGCGGUAUGACGAGGAUUGGAAUGAGAUUGCAGCACAUGUUGGUACACGAAACAAGGAAGAGUGUGUGAUUCAAUUCUUGCAGCUUGAAAUUGUGGACAAGUUUAUCGACACAGAACCCUUGGCCAAAUCAACUGGAGUCAGCAUGCUGGGCUCACAAGAAGGACAUUUGCCAUUUAGUCAAGCCGACAAUCCAGUUAUGUCUGUCAUUGGUUUCCUUGCUGGUCUCACUGAGCCCAGUGUUACAGCAGCUGCAGCUGGUCAAAGCGUGGACGCCUUGAAGAAGAGUCUCCGCAACCAGUUAGAAAAUCCAAAAUCCGAGAAAGGCAAGGAGAAGGAAUCCUCGGAUUCAAUGGAAAUUGAUGUCCGACAGGAAACUACCACUACUACUACGACAACGACCAUCACGACGACAAUGAAUUCCCUGAGUGCUCUUGCCACUGUUCCGCUUGCUACAGUCGCUGCCCGAGCUGGUGGACUUGCCUCCCACGAAGAGCGAGAAAUGACUCGUCUCGUAUCUUCAGCUGUCAACUCAACAUUAAUGAAGAUGGACUUGAAGCUCAAGCAGUUUAAUGAAAUGGAGCAACUUCUUCAAGCCGAGCGUCGCGAGUUGGAGCGAGGUCGUCAAGCACUAUUCGCAGAUCGUUUGGCCUUCAGAAAGCGUGUGCACGCCGUGCAAGAGGGACUCAAAACUGCAGCUGCCACUGGCGGUAACGAGGGUAUCAUGAUGGCACAGAACGUCGUGAUGGGGACGGACCGAUUGACUUUCCAGGCGGGACAGGCACAGCCGGUGACGGGUAGUCUCCAACCACCAAGUGCAGACCCGGAGCGAAAAGUAAAGAGUUAUGAUGUUUAA